AUGGAUGCACGUGUAGAAACAGUGGUGUCUUACUUGGAUCUAGGGUCAGAUAAGGUUCUUACCAUAGGUAUUUGGGGGAUGGGGGGCAUUGGUAAGACUACCCUUGCAAAAGAAGUUUACAAGGAGAUUCAUAACCUAUUUCAUGUUAGUGGCUUUGUUCGCAAUGUUAGAUUGCAAUCACAAGUGGAGUUGCAGAAACUUGUUUGUGAGUCUUUCUUUGGGGAUGGUUACGUAGACACUGUUAAAAAGGGUUCAAAAUGGACCAGGUUAUUACAGAAAAAGGUGCUUCUUGUUCUAGACGAUGUUGAUGACUUAAAACAAAUUACAAAUUUAGUACCAGGAGGAUCGGCCUGUGAAGAGAACUUUUGGGGUCCAGGGAGUCGACUCAUUAUAACAACUAGAGAUAGAAGAACAUUGACAGAGCUUGGAGUUCUAGAACAUAAAAUCUAUGAGGUUGAAAAACUAAAUGAUAAGGAAGCUUAUCAGCUUCUGUGUCGGAAAGCCUUCAAGAAGGUCAAUCCCCCCAAGGAGUUUGUAGAGCUGUCCAAGAGUUUUCUGAAAUAUGCUUGUGGCCUUCCUUUAGCUCAUGAAGUUCUAGGGUCACACUUGUCUGGAAGAAACGCAGAUGAAUGGCCAGAGGUACUGGAUAGACUUGAUGAAGAUCUGGAUAAAGACAUUUUUAGUGUGCUUCAAAUAAGUUUUGAUGGAUUACAUACUGUAGAUAAAAAGAUCUUUCUAGACAUUGCUUGUUUCUUCAAUGGCGAGGAUGUUGUUCGUGUGAAGAAGAUACUGAAAGGUUGUGGAUUUUCUUCCCGAAUAGGAAUAACUAACCUCGUUGACAAAUCUCUGGUUAAAAUUGAAAAGGGUAAAGUGUGGAUGCAUGAUUUACUACAGUGCUUGGGUUGGCAUAUUGUUCGUAGAGAAUCUCCUUUCCCUGGAAAACGCAGCAGGUUGUGGCUUGAUGACAAUGCACACAAAUAUGAAACCAGAAGGUCAUGGCGUGUUGAGGAUGCUUGUAAUGUUCUCACGGAAAAUACGGGAACAACUGCUGUUGAAAGCUUAUUCUUAAGCUUGCCUGAAAAAGAAGUAAUCCGUUUGAACUCUGACCCGUUCUUAACUAUGAGCAAACUGAGGUUGUUGAAAAUCUGGAAUGUGAACUUUGUGGAUGUGCUCUUAUCUUAUCCCUCUAAAAAAUUACGGCUUUUGGAAUGGCAUGAAUGUCCUCUAAAAUCUCUAUUUUCUUGGUUUACAUCUGAACUACUGCUGGUUGAACUCAAGUUACCAAACAGCCGCAUUGAAAGAUUAUGGGAUGUAUCGGUUUAUCAGGUGAUCAACACGCUAGUACACAUGGAUCUUUCCUACUGCCAAUAUUUAAUUAUGACCCCACACUUGGGUGCGGUCCCAAAUCUUGAGACAUUGAUUCUUGAAGGUUGUACAGAGUUAUUAGAGGUUGUCGGCUAUUCAUAUAUGCAUCUUCCACAUCUGGUUCUAUUGAAUUUGAAAGGUUGCGUGAGUCUAAGGAAGCUUCCAGAGAUAAUGAACUUGACAUCUCUUCGAACCUUUAUUCUUUCAGGAUGUACAAACCUCCGAGAGUUUCCUCAGAUAGUGGGAAACAUGGAUUCUUUAGAACUUUAUUUAGAUGGCACGGCUUUCGGAUAUCUUCCUGAGCAGCUGAGAGGCCUUAUUUUACUAUCUCUUAGAGGCUGCAAGAACCUCCAGAAACUUCCUCUCUCCAUUUGUAGUAUGACAUCCCUGAAGUUUCUCUAUUUGUCAUCAUGUUCAAGUAUACAAACACUGCCAGAAGAUAUAGGCCAUUUGGAACACUUGGAGGAGCUUGAUAUGUGCGAAACUGCUAUAAGAGAAGUGCCCGAGUCCAUUUCAUCUCUUAAGAAUCUCAAACUUCUGUGUUUCCAUGGAUGCGCUGAGUUACGCAUGCCGUAAAUUUUACCUGGUUUGAUAUCUUUGAGAACAUUUAAUCUAGGAGGAUGCAAUUUUGCAGAAGGAGACAUCUCUGAUGAAACUGGAAUUGGCACCUUAAUCUCGCUGCAGAGUUUGGAUCUGAGUGAGAACAAUUUUUCAAGCAUACCUGAAAGCAUCUCUAAACUUCCUGAGCUUAGAGAGAUUUCUUUGCGUGGUUGUGACAAUCUAGAAUUGUUGCUAGGAGAUCCUCCUGCUUCAGCAAAAAAUGUGGAUAUACGGGGUUGUACUAUGCUGACAAAUUGUUCCGAUGAGUGGCUGAGAUUGGCUUCAGAUGAGGGCUUGCGUAUCAGAAACUGUCGAAAAUGGGAUUAUCGGUGUCCUCUCAUGUCCUUGAGUGUGCAGUUCGAUGAAUUAAGUGAAACUCCCUAUCCUUAUCAUCCGAUGGCUCCAAGAAUUGC